AUGAAAUUUUCAUAUAAUCUAUCCAAACUAUUUGGUUUCCCUAUUUUGGCCAUCCAAUUCCUCAUCAUACAUAGUGUUUCGUCAUUGAAUCUUACCAAUGAAUAUCUUAACCACAAAUGCUUCCUUGAUCAAGGGAUUUAUAACUCUGGAAGUGAUUACGAGGACAAGCUCAACACUCUCUUACGUAAUGUUCGUAUUGCUAAUUAUGAUCUGACCGGUUUCUUGCGUGCAAGCAGGGGUCAUGCUCCUUAUUCUGUUACCAUCAUGUUUCAGUGUCGUGGUGACUCUUAUGGAUCUAAAUGCAAUACAUGCGGUGACAAAGCAGUCGCAGGGUUUCGUAGAAAAUGUCCGAAGAUCAAAGGAGGAAUAAUAUGGUACGAUCAAUGUUUUCUUUGGGUUAGUGAGAUCGGUGAAGAAAUGCCACUCAAUACUAAUUACAAGAAUAUGUUUUCUAUGUACAACCCAAAUAACGUGAGAGGGGAUGCAAAAUUGUUUGCAAAGAGGGCGGUGGAUUUUUUCUCUGAGCUAACACUUAAAGUCGAGAAAAACACCAAGAUCAGUGUCAUUCUUUAUGCAGCAGGGGAAAAGAAGCUCGGGAAAAAUACAUUGUAUGCAAUGGUACAGUGUGUAGAACUAACAAUAGAUUGUAAAAGUUGUUUGACGUGGAGUAUCACAAAGCUUUUCAAGAAUGGCGACAUUAAACAAGGAGGGAGAGUUUUGGGUUCGAACUGUGAUCAGUAUAUGGUUGCUUGA